UUUUCCGGUUCGCGGUAAACAGAACGAUCGCGAUGAUGCAGGCAGCGGCCGUGCCCAGCCGCCAGCUGAGCUUGCGCGAGGAUCACCCACAUACCCAGUUUGCGCUCUGAACAGUCGCCAUGGGAGCUUAUCUGCCAGUAGUCCCACCGGUUACGACGACAGCGUCAGCUUACCAUUCUCAGCGUUGCUUCGCCCGCGAUGCUCACUGAAGCGUCAUCGCUGCGAGGCGCGUUCUUUUCACCUGAAGCGGCGUGUAGGAAUUCCCGAUCUCAUUACCGAGUGUCGUCUCUUCGGGUUGGACCCAACUUUUUGUUGUGCCAAUGCGCCGAGUGACCCGACAGUAUUUCUUCUGAGUGUGCACACCUCUUCAAGGAGUGAACAAUGUUCACCAAGUUAAAGAAGAAGAUCGAAGAGGAGAACCAGACCGAGCUGGUCAUCGGCAUCCCGCCACCGCCACCCCAGCUGCCGGCACCGACACCGACUCACAGCCGCAGAGCUUCUGACUGCGGUGUCAGCACUCCUGGCCGGAGCACCUGUAGUGAGGCCUCCGACAGUGAUCGAGAGCAGAAACCAAAGAAACAGCCACAGGGCAACUUGGCUGAAAAUGACAACAGUAGGCACAAAAGCAGCACACCAAAGAGGUCCGCGCCCACGAGUGCCGACUAUGAAGAGAUUUUACACAAGCUGCAACUCAUCAAAAGGGAGAAGCAGGAGCUGGAGCGCCAGCUGCGAGAAAGCGAGCAGCGAGUGGAGCUUCUGGCUGGCCGGUGCGAGAACCGCGAGGAGAUCGAGAGUUUCCAGAGCCAAGAGAUGGCCAAGGUCAAGCACCUGCUGCUGUGCAGCCAGCAGGAGCUCCGGGCAGCGGAUGAGCGGUUGCGUCAGCGAUCACAGGAGCUGCAGCAAGUGCGGGAUCGGGCAGCAGAGCUUGAGAAAGCGCUGUCAGAGGGCGGAGAGCAAGCUCGCGCUCGUGACCUCGAGAGGGACAAGGCUGCUCUUGAAUCAGAAGUGGACCGCCUCAAGCAGGACACACUGCAGAACGCUACUCGCAUCAGCCAGCUGGAGUGUGAGCUGGGAAGCUUGACUGAUGAACAUGAUGGUCUGAAGCACACGCAUGAUGUCUACAAAUCCAAGGCAACAACUAUGAUUGAUGAGAAGGACCGCCAUAUCUCUGACCUGGAAGACAAGGUUCGUACUUUGGAGAAACGGCUCGAAGGAACUGCACUGACAGGCGAUGAGCACAUCCAGUCACUCGUGGAAGAGCGCAAACAGCUCGAAAAGAAGCUGGACGAGUCGCGGCAACAUCUGUCUGAGGUCAAGACAUCCUGGAGCGACAAAAUCAACAACCUUGAAGCUCAGAUCUUCAAUCUGAACCAGAAGAUGGCCGAAGACUCGCAAGAGUGCAGUCGCAUGGAGAAGCUGCUUGCAGAUGCCCAGCAGCGCCUCAAGGAACAGCAGCAGCAGUGCGCCAAGUUCGAAGAGCAGUUGCUGGAGAGGGACACUGAACUGGCAAACAUGCGGCGCAGCCACGAAGAAGAGCUCCAGCGGCAGCGUGCACUCCAGGACUCUCAGCUGGACGAGCUACGACUUCAGGCAGCUGACCUCCGUGCGCAGCUCACCCAGGCCCAGCGGGACCGCGACCGAGAGGCCAGUCAAGCGCAGGCACGAAUUAGUGCUCUAGAGACCUCUCAAACGGAAUUUGUCGAGAGGGAAAUUGAGGCCGAGAAGCAGGUGACUGCUCUCGAAAACACGGGCAGGCGUCUCAAGGUGGAACUGAACAAGAAGGAGGCCGAGUGCAAGAAGAGCCAGGAGCGGAUCCAGGGGCUCGAGGCCAGCCAGCAGACUUCGUCGGAAAAGGUCUCUAAACUGGAGAAGCAGCUCAGUCUUGUGUCACACUCUGAGACCACCCUCAAGCACAGCCUCAAGAGGAGCGAGGCUGAACUGAAAACCAUGAAGGAAGAACUUGCAAAGCUGAAGCAGGCAUUGACCUCAGCUGAGAUGGAGAACAAGCGACUGAUGGAGGAGCUGGAGGCAAAGCAGCAGCAAGCAGAUGAACAACAAGCCAGGCUGGAAAAGGAGGUGACGCAGCUGCAGGAAUCUCUGCAUAGUGCAACAGAAAAGGUGGAGCAGUUGGAGAAGGAAGCUGCAGCCAACGCGAGCAACAGCACCAGCCUGUCUGACCUGGAGAGCAAGGUGGCUGUCCUCGAGGACCAAGUCUCUGAAAAAAACAAGAUGCUGAAGUUGCAGCAGCAGAGGAUCAGCGACAUGAAGAAAACCCUGCAAAAGGAGCUCAAGAGCCACCAAGGGGCUGCCACAGCGGCUGCUGUGCUUAACAUUGAGGGAUCACCCAGCACAGCUGGUGAUGUGCCACCGCCGGUCGACCAUAGCGGCUCUGCUGGUGACAGUGUGGCAAAAGCUGGAACCACCCAAGACGCACCACAGCCACGAGGCUCCGACAACAAGCUGGAAGAUGACAUCAACUUCAAAUAUCUCAAGCAUGUUGUCUUCAAGUUCAUGACAAGCAAAGAGUAUGAGGCACAACACCUGAUCCGUGCUGUAUCUGUGCUACUUCGUUUCACGGCAGAUGAGGAACAGAUGAUUCGCGAACACCUCGAUUGGAAGAAUUCGUGGUUUGGGACGCGGCCGCAGCCACACCACGCACCACUUCACCCGUUGCCUCAGCACCACCAUGGACACAACUCGCACCACCACCGCUCCUCCUCAACAUUUGGCAGUAACCCGAAAAGCAACAACACCAAGACCACCUAGCACACGAUGACAUUGUGUUUGCGUCAUCACAUCUCGAGGUGCAAUUGUGUGGCUUUGCACCAGCAUAUGCCUCAAUAUCCAGUGUCACGUAUGUGUGUUGUCAUGUACAUCAAGAGCGUGGACCUCGUGCAGUGGUAUUUACCAACCAGUUUGUUGUUCACACCCAUGCCUUGGAUGUUAGACACCAGUUUCGCCUGGAGGAAGUGACUGCUGAGCUGUACAGUGGCACCUCUGACUGUGGGUGUUGUGCGUUCAGCACAGCAACAAACCAAAUACAGCAUCGCAAAAACUUUUCCUGUGCAUUGCUUGGAACUGUUGAUUGCACUGACCAGACUGUGCUUAUGUGUCACUGGACCAAGCCACUGUGCUGUGUAACAGCACAAUUGGAGGUGCUGAAAAAUGCAAAUUGUUUCCUUGUGAAGAUUCUUGUGAACUCGCUUCGGACCUUCUGUACACAAUGCAAGAGAUGCACAAGAUGUCUGACUGGAUAGCAAACUGUAUCCAUUUUUCCCUGAAAAGCUUGGCUCUAUUUCUGUGAGGCACAAGCUUAACCAGUUUUGCACAGUAAAGUCUUCUUACAAUAAUAAGUGUGGUGGUGAACCUGCACUUUAAGAUGAAAUCUUGAGUGUUUUUUUGGCAUGCUCAUAAUGAAGCUACAACUCUAGCAUAUUCUUAGUUAGGCCAAAAAGCAAAUAUUUGUAAUUUAAAUACAGGGUGCAUGUUUGGAAACUUGCUGUUUACAAAUGAAUGCUUGCGCAAACUUUUACACAUUUUCAUUUUGGGUUUCUCUGGUGAAGCACGGCUUCAAAAGUUGUACAUGCAACUGAACUGUCACUUGUGCUGUUUGUACUGAAUGUCUGCUAUGAAGGAGUGUACAAUCACUUCACAAUAGUCUAGAUUAUCUUUUGGUACUGUGGUGAUGGCAUCAAGUGUCAAUAGUCUAGAUUAUCUUUUGGUACUGUGGUGACAGCAUCAAGUGAAAAUAUGGCUCAUUGUAUUUUGAAAUAAGUCAUGACUUAAAAAACAAAUUGGCUCAGUUGAAGUUAAGAAUUCGUAGCACCAGAGAGGUGCAUGAAACAGAAGCUUCAGAAUUUAAAAAAUUGGGCAAAAUGCCUUUGUCAUGAUAUGCUUGUGCAUUCAUUAGGUGCUGUAUUAAGAUUUUUUUGUUGAGUGUUAAGAGUGCAUAUUAGCAUUCGCACAUAUUACAUUCUAUAAAUUACAUGAAACACUGUUGCCACUGCCUUCAGAAUUUAGGUAUGCAUAUAGCAGCUGUGUGUUCACCGUUCUUGAACCUUUGUAUUUUUAAUAUUCUCUGUGUACAAGAGGACCAUUAAGAAUGUACUUAAAUUGGUUAAGAUUCAUGUUGCUUGUGUGUGAGCACUGCGAAUUCCAAGCAGUUUUAAAUUUGUACUACUACAUCUUUCAUUCCACCGAUACUAACAUAUACAACAGAAACAAGCAGUGAACGAAAAUUAUUGGCGUCAAGAGAGGGAGAAAGCAGUGUAGAGCAAACAGAGGUAGCGCAUGUCCUAGUAAUGAUUAAAAUGGAAAAAAUAGAGCUGGGUAGGCCACGUACUGCAUAGGGUGGAUAACUGGUUCUCUGAGUAAAGGAAUGGGUACCUAGGUAAGGGAUAGUCGAAGAACUAGAUGGUGGGAUGAACUGAAAUUCGCCGGCAUAACGUGGUCAGCUCCCUUACAUGCUAUUUCUGAGCUUUACAUUCAUUUUUCACGGACAAAAUGCAGCUUUUCUCGUGCUUGUUAGUGCCACACUGUUGGAACUGCACUGCUCUUGCGUGGCUUCACCCAUUAGCUUCAAAGUCUUACUUUUAGUUUAGUGCAUGGUGCAAGUUCUUGAAGGUUUGUGGCUUUUAGUACUGUUCAAGAGUAUAUUGUCCAAGUUGACCACGAGUGAUCACCCAGAUGAAAAACUUGCACUGCUUGGGAUAAGGCAUUAAUAGUAUUAUUGUGAGCGUGGAUUGGACAUGGAUAUAGGUUGUGCCACUUGUUUUCCACCUUUCUUUUUUUCCGUAGUCAAAAGUAAAUUAACUCUGUAGGCACAACAGGCCCGUAGCCAGGGGGGGCCCAGGGGGCCACCCCCUCCCUCCCUCCCUCCCCCCCCCCCAAAUUUUGAUGACACAUGGUGUUUUAUCGAAAAUAAAUCAUGAAAAUAGGCAUUUUUCUCAAAUAGUCAAGGUUUUCAGCAAGUGGGCUCCCCCCGAAAAAAAUUCCUGGCUACGGGCUUGAGGCACAACUAUGCAUCACGGAGUACUAUAACAGUGUGAGUUUAUUUGCAUUGUUUUUACUGGAAUCUAUUCUAAGGCCCAUGGUGAACUAGGACCCUUGGUUCAGCCUGGUUCUGUGCUCUUGCACCAUACUUUAUCAUGCAAAAACAGUUACAUAUUUUUGCCUGGUACCACAAUACAAAUGCUACUGGUAUCCCUGAUAAGUUGCAAGCUAAACAGGAAGCAACCGUAGCAUACCAAGAACUGAUGACCUGUUGUUUCUUUCAGAAAAGUAAUGCCUAAGGGUGUGGUUCUAUUGUUUCACAGAGCUUACCAUAACGCAUGCAGGAUUGUGGUGCAUGUUGCUGUAUUCAUUGCUCCUUGUUACACAAACUACUGUCUGCUCAAGCGCUGUUAAAACACGAAAAAAAUUGUAUGUACUCAUAGCAGCACUUUGCUGCUUAACUUUAUUAAUUUCUGGUUCUGCUUCACAAUUUGAAGACCGAUGUAGUACGUGCAAAAGUGCAUUAGCAUGCUCGAAAGUGCUUCCAGUGUAGUUAGCCUUUGCAAAAUGAGAAAGUUUGGGUGAAGACGCAUUCACAAAACCUCUGCAGUUUGUUGCUAUACUCCGUUUCAUACAUCAGGUGCAACGCUGUGGAAGCCAUGCAAGAAGUUUGGUCAGCAAAAUUUGUAAGUCCGCCCGUCUCACGCUUGGAUUUUAUUGUUGUAAAUGUGGCGUCCGCGAUUGGCUCUGGCUGCAUGCUACCGAAAUAAUCGUGAAGGCCACGAUAUGAAAACAAAAGAGAUGCAGAUCCCAAAACAACCAUAUUGACAACCGUAUAAAUAAUGGGGUUUUUUAAUUUCUUAUGUACAAAGCAUCUUCGUUUAUUACUCAGUCUAAAAAUGAAAAAAAAAAUUGCAUCAUGGGUGGUAAAAUCAUUGAACUAUUUUUUGGUGCGAAUGAUCUACUGCAAGAAGUCUCGCUAGCUUUCAUAGCGUUGCACCUGAUGUUAUGAAACGGAGUAUACCUAGUGAGGGUGAAUUUUAUAGGGUCUUGAAGUUUGGGGCUAGUGUAAAAUGGUGUUGGGGUUUCAUAUCUCCGCUUGCGAGACAUCUAAACUGCACACGUGACUCCUGACAUUGCAGACUGGGAAUUUCCAGCCAUGUAUGGAGGAGGCACACACAAAAAAGAAAGAAAAAAAAAGAUAGAAAUGAGAGACUACAGGCAAAAAUUUCCCACUUUUGCUGCUUGUAACGAUGAAACUCUUGCUGCCAGUUACAAAGUACAGUCCAAAUUUGUAAUCAUAUGCUCAUUUUGUUAACAUGUCUCCUCCUACUAAACACUGUUUCAUUGAGUCACGUAUCAAAUCAGCGUGGUCAAAAGUUUCAGCAGAUUUUCUCCUUUCAGAAAUGGUAGACGUCUUACUGGGUACCUCUUGCUUGCUUCAUAAGCUGCAGUACAGGCAGACAUGCCACAAGAAUCGCAACAGCAAAUUUUUUCACAUCUCCUAAUGGGAAGCGUGGCUGAGGAGACAGCAAAGGGUUAGGUGGAGCGACGAAAUUAGGAAAUUUUAGAGGCAUAAAAUGGAAUCGGCUCGUGCAGGAGAAGGUGGGUUGGAGAUCAUUGGGAGAGGCCUUCGUUCUGCAGUGGACAUAGGACAGGAUGAUGAUGAUUAUGAAUCAGUCUUAUGGUGCCACGCUGCUCUUUGCACUGGGCUUGAAAAAUCACUGACACCAAAAUUUCAAACACUAGAUGUUUGCAUUGCUCUAUUCCUCUGCAUAUAUAGGUACCACUGAUCAAAAAUGAGUGACAAACGCAGCCUUGAACAUACUUUAAUACGGCUUUAAUGCAAGCGCUAAUGCCCAUCAGAGUUAGCAGCACCUUGCGACUUCGUCAUCAAUAUGACGCGUUGAGUGGCUUCUCGACGUCCCUGUGACGAUUUGCGAGUGUUGUUGAUGUCAGAGACAGAAAGGUUGCACACAACAGACUGGCAUCUCUACUUCCUCACUCGGUUGUCAGGCUGCUCUCUAGGUAGUUCUGGCUGCACUUUGCAGGGGGCUUUGCAGGGGGCUUCACCAUGAAGUUGGCACAGUGCAAGCGGGUGUGUUGCGCGUUGUUUUAUCAUCCUAUGGCAAAUAGAAAUUUCGGCUGGAGAACUUGCCUGGUGCACCACACCCAAGCCCAUAAGGCAGCACCCACAUCAUUCCAUUGCUUACCACACAUGAUCUUGUAGUGCUCCACUGCAGUGGGGUGCUAGUUCCUUGUGAUUUUGGGCAGGUGUUUUGAAGUGACACUAAAAUUGGUCAUGCUAGCAUUAAUUAUACAUUACAUUAGAGCAUUUAUGAUUUAAUGUUUAUAUUAUCAGACACAGAUCUGCUCAUUGAAACAUAAGAAUUGCCAACAAAAAUUUCACUGGCAGAGGUCCUUUAGUGUGUAUGCAGUGCUUCAUCAUAGCAAGCACAAUGUAGAUUUUUGUCUGUAAUUCUUUAAUGGAUAUGAAAUUAGAGUUUUUUAGUGCUGUCUCGGUACAGUCGACCACAAAAGUUUACAAACCACGCGAGCACGUGGCCAAGAACCUCUUCGCGACAUUUCCGCUACGUCAGCAGCGAUUGACGGCAGCGCUACGCCCAAGACGCAUCCAUCUCGAAAUCGAUGGCCUGUCUAUUUUCCCACUGGGCAGAAAUAUUUUCCACCUUCCACUUUUUAACGCGUCGCGCUCUUCAGCAGCUGUGGUUACGUACUUCUAUCUUGAGAGCAGUUUAUCCACAUAACUGUUAUCACUCGCAAUCUUGCUCACAGUGAUAUCUACCCACGCCGCGAUAGCUUUGAUUCUGUUAUCAAAAUAGAAGUGUGACACUCAUACCGCAGAUAAGCGCUUUGUGUGAAAACGAACUAACAAUAUGCUGCGCUGCAGUAGAAAAUUGACAUACCAGUGAACGACAAGAAGACCCGCUUCCGGCCCAGCGCUGCGCUAGACGGUAGGUGGUGCACCGCUAGCUGGCGCAGGCAGGCAGUUUGACACACGCUGGCGUGGUCCGUGAACUUUUGUGGUCGACUGUACAUUGCAGCACUGAGUGUUAAACAGGUGUCCACUGCAAAUUCCAUGGAGAAGGCACUUGAUCUGGACUCUACCGGAGGAGCACUUUCAAUGCUUUAUAGCUUGGUCAUGCCUACUGAAAUGCCAUGAUGCCUUUAGGUGUUUCCUUGCUUUUGCUUUGCUGAGGCAGUUGCACCACCUCUUUCUCGGUCAUCUCAAAGUGUAAUUUUCUCACGACGCAAAUGGACAGGGAAGGACAUGCGUUGAUAUGCAAUGGGCAUUACGAUUUCCAGAAACAGUAAUGGCAUGCUCUUUUUAAGCUUCUGGUUGUCGUGCUUGACAUUCUUAACUUUCCUCAUGCCUAAGUGUCGACUGCUACAGGUGUUCAAGGAAGCCUCCCACAGUGCUUUUUAAACACUUUAAAUGGGCAGGUUCAGUCACUUGGUCAUGCAGUGAUAAACUUCUCAGCCACUUCUUUGUACAGCAACGAGAACCUACAGUUGCACUUAUAAGGUUGCAGGGCCUGUGCUUUUCAUUGUCCUCUCCAUAAUAGUCUAAUCUUACAUGAAAUAGUGUGCUUUUGGCUGUGUUGAAGCAAAUGCCCAAGUAGAAUGGGAGCAAAGGCAGAGCUGUCCAGCAAGAAAUGUCCAAGAUGCACAGUAGUGGGUUCUGCUAUGUAAAGAACAGAGGCACGGUGAGGUGCUUCACCAAGUGCAACAGACUUGUGGCAUUGAGGUGGGUACUAGGACAGAGACCAGAAGUCAAGGCUGUCAUUCGUACGUAUCCUUGUGUGAUUCAAGGACAGCCUCUAGGGUAGCAUACAACUUUAUUUAUUUUGAUUACCUUCGCAUUUUUGUGGGAACAGGUUUUUGAGCUUAUCUAAUGACCUCACAUAUGCUUUGUUAUGAGGCGUUGUGUUGGGUUCCUUUGAAAAGCAUGCAUUGUGUGUUGUAUGUAGAACUUGCUGGCUACAUGCAUACAUGCAUUCUGAAACUAAGGAACCAGCUCUGCAGAGAGCUCUUCGGACGAUGACCCUUACAGAACACAAACAAUUUGACAAGUGCACAAGAAGAGUUUUAAUAUAUAUCCCUUCAAAUUGCAUUUUGCACAGAGUUUGUAUGUCAGGUUAAAUAACUGAAUAUGGCUAGAGCAACGGGCAUAGUCGAAGUGUGAGCUCAACUGUAUGGAGACAGAAUAAUGUGGAGUAUAAUGGGAGAGAUAACUGUGUGUAGUGAUUUGUCAAGCAAAUAUGCCAUGCACAAUUUCUGCUUCUUUCGUCAUGAUUUUGUCAGAGUAGUAUUUUUUUCGUGAUUGUGGCUUCGUUUACUACAAUAUUGAGCUGUGGUUUUGUAGUUCUCAUUUGUGAAAUGUGCAUGCAUUAUGCAUUGUUAUGCACAUUGCCUCAAGGUGUUUACUAAAUUCUUUGCAGGUCAUGCAGGUGCUAUGCUAUGCUAUGCUAUCAAACUAGCAGUGUCUUGGAACGAUCAAUGUUAAAAAAAAAUGCCGACGGUCUUCCGAGAAACCUUGCCAAGUGAUCAAUCCUGAGUACUGCAAUCACAUUUCGCAUUCUCCAAGCAUUGUGUAAGUGUAGUUAUGGAGAGAGGCCAUGCUGCUGUGCUGAUUCAAAUUUACGGAUGUUAUUUUUUAAUAAAUUUCACAAUUGCAGCUGUUGUUA